CUUCUUUUCUGAGAACUGAUUCCUUUAAUAAACAGCAACAACCUCACCCUCGACGUUUCGCCUUUUUAUACACUCAUCUUUUGACGAGAUUGACUUCCAGAAAACUUACCUUCUAAGAUAAACCCAGCCAACGUCAAACUCACUUCAGCCACCACUCAAAAUCACAAUCUUGGCAUUGAAAAGAAAAUGGCACGGGAAACGACCAACACUAAGCAGGCCGCCAAACCUGUGGCUGAUGUCAUUGAGCUAUCAUCAGACUCUGAGCCAGAGACGGUCGAGACUAAGCCUCAGCAAAUCCCAUCUGUCGAAAACGCGUCACAGGAGAAGCCAGCUCACACAGGUGAUUAUGAGCAACCGCUCCUAAAGGUCGUCGGCAUCAAGUACAAGACAGACAAGACUGAGAAUCAGCCACAACAAGACAUGAACUCCACACCGUUAAGCUCAAAAAUGACUCUCCGGUCCAAGGGGACUGGCUCAGCUAAGCACAAGCAUGUCAGCAUUGAGAUUCCACUGCCAUCAUCAUCCUUGUUGCGGAAAAAGGCUAGCGGUGAUGAUGAGAGCGGAGAGGAGAGCGGCCACGAGGUUUUUAAGACACCAAUGGAGCGCAGACACAUCACAUUCAACGACAGUGACCAGGAGGAUUUUGUCACCCCCAGCGAGGCACCAAGGAGAAACCCCUUGGAACUCCAGAUCAAGGCCGAGACUGCGAAGGAAGAAGCUGCCAAGGAAGAAGAUGAGGAGGAAUCAGAGGACGAGUCGGAUGACGAGGCCCCAGAGGCUGUUUCGACGCGCGUUGCUGAAGCUCAGACCACCAAGGCUGCUGAAGCUGCUGCGAAAGCUGUUGAAGAACAAGAAGCUGCCGCAAAGCGGAAGAGACAAGAGCGUGAUGCGUUCCUCAAGCAGCAGGCUAAGGAGAGAAAGCAGGCCAAGAAGCCGGUUGUAGAAGCUGACUCGGAGGAUGAGCUGGAAGAGCCAACGCCAGCUCCGGUUGAAAAGAGGAAGCGGGAGGUGCCUAAACUUUUACCUCUGGACCUUUUGGAGUCCGAUGACGAGGACGAUGAGUCUCAUGAAGAUAAUUCUGGCGCAAACAACAAGAGGAGAAAGGUAGACCAGGUGGCUGCACUUCUCCGUGGACCCAAGCUUCCUCGCGAUCAACGGGUGGGAUCAACCGUGUAUCGCGUCGAGGUAAAACGAGGCAGCGAGAAACUUGCGCCCAAGGCCAAGAAGCAGUCUAUCAACGCGAAGGAGGCUCUUCUCAAAAGAAACCGGACACCUCAGCGGAGACCAGGUUUCAGGCGCUAAAUCAAAGCACGGCGGCGAAGGGGACAAAAGUUGAGGCAGGUUGACAUGCUUGACAUAUGGAUGGAGGACCCGGCAGGGCAACGAACCGGUAGUCCGGUCUUGUCCGGCCGUUGUGGAGACCCAAUAGCCGGUGUCCAGUAACGGAGACUAGAAUGAGUUCUUGGCACCGGUGAUGACGGAAUACCAUGACGCCCCUGGUUUUUCUAAAGCCGGAGGACUCAUGACAAUCACACGGAAAAGUAGAAAGCAGACCAGCUGGUGGUGAGAGGUUGAGAGGCAAGGGCUCGGUCAGAUAACAUAUGCGGCAGCGAGUGCCGUGCGUACAUAAUAGAGAUGACACCAAAAAUAAAUUUGGCUGCAUGUUCCCAAC